AGAAGGGAGUCAGAAGAGAGGUGCGGUGUGUGGGGUUGGUUUGUUAGAACAACAGUCAAAGACUGACUUUGUAAGAGACAGAACAUCUGCAAAUACAAUGCUGUUCCUGCAACUUGUGUUGCUGGUGGUUCUCCUCCCAGGUGGUGACAAUGAAAAUGACUUCCAGGAGACCUCCUUCCAAAUCAUCUUGACCACAUCUUUUUACGAUGAUUCCCGGACACAAAAACUAGGCUCAGCAUGGCUGGAUGAACUACAGACUCAUGGCUGGGACAGUGACUCUGGCAAUUUCACAUGCCUGUGGCCUUGGUCCAAGGGAAACUUCAGCAGCAAGGAGCUGAUGGAAGAGGAAAGGUCAUUCCAUACAUUCUCCAUUAGAUUUCCUCUGAUAUUUCAGGACCAUUUCAGUGAAUGGCAGCUUGAAUAUCCCUUUCAGGUACAGGCAGCAAAAGGCUGUGAACUGCAUUUUGGGGAACGGUCAGUAGGCUUCAUGAGGAUUGCUUAUCAAGGAUCAGAUCUUGUGAUCUUCCAGAACAAGUCAUGGUGGCCAUCUCCAAAGGGAGGAAGAAGGGCUCAGCUGGUCUCCAGACUAUUCAAUCAGUACCAUGUGAUCAAUGUAAGACUACAAACACAUAUCAGUGACACCUGUCCCCGUUUCCUCUUGGGUCUUCUUGAUGCAGGGAAGACACAUCUGCAGCGACAAGGUGUCCUUGGAUGUGAAAGCCACGGAGGCUUCUGGCUUGUCAUGCUUGGUGAGACACAGCAGUCUAGGAGGCCAGGACAUGGUCCUUUACUGGGAGAAGCAUCAACCCAUAGGCUUGGUCUUCCUGGAAGUGAUAGUGCCCCUGCUGCUUCUGGGAGUUCUCACCUUGUGGCUCUGGAAACACAGGAAAACUCACUGGAGACCUCAAUGCACUGGCCUCCCACUGGAAUGAGAAACCAGCAACCCAGGGACCAGGAUAUACUUAAACCCAGCUCAGCAGUGAUGUCUUUGCAACCCUUUCUGUGCAACUUUUAUGUUUCAUUCGUGCUUAAUGAUCAGUUGGCAAUUUAAGCCCAGUGUAAUUUAGCUGGAUUUGUUUUUCUGACUUGGUUUGCAACUUAAUCUCAAAACUGAACUCAGAGUAAAAUGAUUUACGAGUGACCUCUAUGGGUCACGAGAAUCAGAUAUCACUUCCUCCAAUGAGAAUUCCCUGAUUCACAGGUAGAUUCAGUAUCCUUUAUAAGACUACCACUACCUUGACCUCCACUUUGGCUAAUCUGUUCCUGCCCCCAAACCCUUGUUGGUCCCAUUAGGUUCCUUUUGCUUUCUAACUCCUAGGCCUUUUGAGAACAAUGUCCAUGUCUUUUAAAUAUUUCUAUCUGCCAAAUGUCUCAUUGCAUGGA